AUGGGCCGCCCCACAGGUUCCUACAACACCGAGCUCCUAGCCCAGGCUGCACAGAUCCAGUCUGCUCUAAUGGUCCAGUUUUGGGCUAAUAUCCUUUCAGUGCAACUACGCGAGACUACCACAAGAUACUCUGGAGCUAACAUUCUACAAAAGAAACUCAAAGAUGUGGAGUCCAUUAUUAAGAUAGUGGACAUCGAUGGGAGAGAUCAAGUGAGGGACUUUGCAGAGGACAUGGAGAGAAUGCUGGGGUCCAAGAUGAAGUCAGUUAAGAGGUUGGCUGAGUCUGCGGAGGAUGCAGAUUUGUACCACGACUUCAACAAAACGCUAGAGUUUGACUACUAUAACUCCAUGCUGGUGAACACAGCAGAUGAAGAUGGUAACUUCGUAGAGCUGGGUGGUGAGUUUCCUCUGGAGAAGAAUGAGCAUUUCAACAACCUGCCAGUCAACACAAUGCAGAGUGACGUACAGGUUCCAACCAACGUCUACAACAAAGAUGCCUACAUCCUCAAUGGAAUAUAUUGGUCGGAGGCUCUGAAUGACAUGUUCAUGAACAACUUCCAGAAAGACCCCACCCUCACCUGGCAGUACUUUGGCAGCUCCUCAGGAUUCUUCAGAAUCUACCCUGGUAUCAAAUGGACUCCAGAUUCGAAUGGUGUGGCUGCGUUUGACUGCAGGAACCGUAACUGGUAUAUCCAGGCUGCCACCUCACCAAAGGACAUUAUUAUCGUGGUGGACAUCAGUGGCAGUAUGAAGGGUCUGAAGAUGACCAUCGCCAAGCACACCAUCAACACCAUCCUGGACACACUGGGGGAGAACGACUUUGUCAACGUCAUCGCUUACACUGACUACGUGCGCUACGUAGAGCCAUGCUUCAAAGGCACCCUGGUGCAGGCUGACUUGGACAACCGCGAGCAUUUUAAGGUGCUAGUGGAUGAGCUUCAUGUGAAGGGAGAGGGAAAAGUUGCAAAGGCCAUGAAAGAAUCCUUCAAAAUCCUGAACGAGGCUGCGACCAAGGGCCAGGGCAGCCUGUGUAACCAGGCCAUCAUGCUGAUCACAGAUGGAGCCAUGGAGGACUUCAAAGACGUGUUUGAAGAGUUUAACUGGCCUGAUCGCAGGGUGCGCCUCUUCACUUACCUUAUUGGCAGAGAGAUGACCUUUGCAGACAACACCAAGUGGAUCGCCUGCAACAACAAGGGUUACUACACACACAUCUCCACUCUGGCUGACGUGCAGGAGAAUGUCAUGGAGUACCUUCACGUCCUGAGCCGACCAAUGGUCAUCAAUCACAAUCAUGACAUCAUCUGGACCGAGGCUUACAUGGACACUGUGCUCUUCGCCACAAAGGCUCAAAGUUUACUUCUCAUGACCACGGUGGCAAUGCCCGUCUUCAGCAAGAAGAAAGAGACGCUGAGCCAUGGGAUCCUGCUGGGGGUGGUGGGUUCUGACAUCCCCCUGUUGGAGGUAAUGAAGCUGGCUCCCAGAUAUAGGCUGGGUCCCCAUGGUUACGCUUUCCUCAUCACCAACAACGGGUACAUCCUGGCACACCCUGACCUACGACCUCUGUACAAAGAAGGCAAGACGCUGAAGCCCAAGCCUAACUACAACAGUGUUGAUCUGGCUGAGGUGGAGUGGGAGGACACAGAUGAGACACUAAGGACAGCCAUGGUGAAAGGGGAGAUGGGCACUCUGUCUUUAAACGUGAGAGCAUCAGUGGACAAAGCGAAAAGGCCUUUGUUCUUAACAAAUGACUACUUCUACACAACCAUCAAUGACACCCCAUUCAGUUUUGGUAUGGUUUUGACAAGGGGUCACGGACAGCUGAUGUUCAUGGGGACAGUCUCUGUGGAAGAGGGCCUGCAUGACCUGACGUCCCCUGAUCUAUCCAUAUCCAAUGAGUGGACGUAUUGUGAGACAGACAUUGAUCCUCACCACCGCAAAUACUCUCAGCUUCAGGCUGUCAUUCGCUACCUGCAGGGGAAGGAGCCUGACCUGGAGUGUGACGAGGUGCUGCUGCAGCAGACACUGUUUGAUGCCGUAGUGACAGCCCCCUUAGAAGCCUACUGGCAGGCCGUCAUGCUCAAUGCAUCUGGGAUGGAGAUGGGUGUGGAGACAGCCUUUCUGGGAACUCGCUCUGGCCUUAUCCGGCUCACCAGAUACACUGGCAUAGAGACCAGGGUCGCCAAAAAGUUCUUGACUCCAGCUGAUAAGGACAACCUGUUUACCGUGGACCAUUUCCCCCUGUGGUACCGCCUGGCCAUGGAGAACCCCCCUGGAAGCUUCGUCUACUACAUCCCUGUGGAGGACAAAGACAACAGAGACAAAACAGGUACCAUCCCUAUCAUCCAGGCCGCCACAGCUGUGACUGUGUCAUCGGGAGGCAAGAUGGCCAUGGCUGGAGCCAUUGGGGUGCAGAUGUCCUUGGAGAUGCUGGAGAAGAGGCUAUGGACCAUUGCCUUCCAGUGUACUGAAGUGGAAGGUGUCUGCCCUCUCAGCUGUCAGAGCACUGAUGUCAACUGUUUCCUUGUGGACAGCAACGGCUUCAUCAUAGUCUCUAAAGAGAGGUCAGAGGUCGGACGUUUCUUUGGGGAAGUGGACGGGUCUGUGAUGGCAGCGUUGAUUAAGUCGGGCAUGUACAAGAAGGUGUCGUUGUAUGACUACCAGGGAAUGUGCAGAUCAGGACACAGUCAUUCCAGUAGUGCUCGCCCUCUGCUCAGCCCUUUCUAUGGCCUUGCUGCAGUGAUUAAAUGGUUCUUCUCUCACAUGUUGAUGUUCUUACUGGAGUUCAACUUCUGUGGGCUAUGGCACUCGGAUUACGUUGUAGAUGCCCAUAAAGCAAAGAGGACGGACGCGUUGCAGCCGUGUGACACAGAGUAUCCUGGCUUCAUGUUAGACAACUCCAUCAAAGAGACCAACAGCCUCCUCAAAUGUGGACGCUGUCAGAAGAUGUUUGUGGUGCAGGCAGUCCCUGACAGUAACCUGGUGUUGAUGGUGGUUCAGGCGGACUGUGACUGCUCCCGGCAGUACUCCUCCAUCACCCUGGAGCCCAAAGAAGUCAAAUACAACGCAUCAGUCAAGUGUAACAGGAUGAAAUCUCAGAAAGUCCGGCGGCGCCCAAAGUCCUGCCAUGCCUACCAUCCUAAGGAAAAUGCCAAGGACUGUGGAGGAGCUUCAGAGAUCAGCCUAUCGGUGGCCCUCUUCUUGGCUUCUCUGGCCACCUCAUUGGCCCUGCGCAGAUGGAAUUAA